AUGUGGUCACCACAACCGCUCAACGUGUGUGUGUCUACCUGUUGACUCCUCUAUAGCGGAGUCUCUUGUUGUCGUCGUGAAUCUACAGUCUGAUUGGUCGCCCUAAACCUAACCUUUAACCCCUAACCCUAAUUCAAAACCUAACACUAAUUCUAACCUUAAACCCUCUUGAAAUAUCAUUUUUCCUUGUGGGGACCGGCAAAAAAAAAAAAUGUUUGUUUGUUUACUGUUCUGGGGGGGCCUUCUGGUCCCCACAAGUAUAGUUAUCAUGUCCACACACCACACACACAGACACACACACACACACACAUAAUAAUCAUCAGUCAGCAGCGUAAUAACAAUCAUGGUUAUUCCUGUAUCAGAGCGGAUAUCCUGCUGGACAAUGGCCAUGCUGGCUCAGAGUCAGGUGUACGUGCAGCGCCAGGCACAGCCAGUUGCAGGUUCAACCCUCUCAUCUGGGGGAAACUGUGAGUGUCUGAAAUACCCUACUGGACAAUACUGAGGUCAUGUCUGGGAGAGCAGUAAUCAUCAGAUCAGCCCGUGUGCUGCUGUAUGACACGUACUCGCUUACUGGUGCGUUUUAAUGACACAUACACAUAUACCAGACUGUUUGAAUAAGACACUUAGUGGAAUUUGAAUUCCAUUCAGUCAGGUGGAGGUGGAUUGUGGUUUGAUCAAUCCCAACAGGGUCAAAGGCUUCAUAUUGGAGCUUACUAGGGUUAUAUUCAUUAGUGCACACCGUAGCAAAAUGUUUUGCAACGGAAAAUGAAAAUGAGCGUUUCUCAUUGGGCAAGUUAAGGUGGGCCUCCCUGUUUCACUCCAUUUUAUUUUGUUUGGUGUCUAGUGAAUAAAGCCCAGGUUUAUCACAACUAGGAUCAGCUUUCCCUCCCCUAUCCUAACCUUAAACAUUAGGUGGAAGACAGCAAAACCCACCUUGGAUCAGUGUUUAGAGGGAGCAUCCUAACAGUGCCAGCAGACUGGACUUGGUUUGGAGAGAUAAGAGUAGCUCAGAAAAAAGUGCAGAGAAACAAUGACGUAACAACACUGACACUUUAGAGCCUAAAAUAACCUCAUAUUAUACAUCUACAGUUAUACAUCACAUGUCAACUUUAUAUCAGUUCUCCCAGAAUAAUAGCAGCAAGUUAGAGUUCCAUGUGCCAUCAUGGACCACAUUGUGGCAAAACAUGUCAUUCUCUGAACUGUAGCAUUGAAAGAGUAACAAGCCGCUUCAGGUGGUGAUCAUCUAAGAUAAAAGACAAUAAUACAAUUUUCUGAUAGGCCCAGCAUUCAGAAUCUACUGUAUGUUCAAAUGAAAGGAAUCUAGCUACAGUGAGGGAAAUAAGUAUUUGAUCCCCUGCUGAUUUUGUACGUUUGCCCACUGACAAAGACAUGAUCAGUCUAUAAUUUUAAUGGUAGGUUUAUUUGAACAGUGAGAGACAGAAUAACAACAAAAAAAUCCUGAAAAACGCAUGUCAAAAAUGUUAUGAUUUUAUUUGCAUUUUAAUGAGGGAAAUAAGUAUUUGACCCCUCUGCAAAACAUGACUUAGUACUUGGUGGCAAAACCCUUGUUGGCAAUCACAGAGGUCAGACGUUUCUUGUAGUUGGCCACCAGGUUUGCACACAUCUCAGGAGGGAUUUUGUUCCACUCCUCUUUGCAGAUCUUCUCCAAGUCAUUAAGGUUUUGAGGCUGACGUUUGGCAACUCAAACCUUCAGCUCCCUCCACAGAUUUUCUAUGGGAUGAAGGUCUGGAGACUGGCUAGGCCACUCCAGGACCUUAAUGUGCUUCUUCUUGAGCCACUCCUUUGUUGCCUUGGCCGUGUGUUUUAGGUCAUUGUCAUGCUGGAAUACCCAUCCACGAUCCAUUUUCAAUGCCCUGGCUGAGGGAAGGAGGUUCUCACCCAAGAUUUGACGGUACAUGGCCCCGUCCAUCGUCCCUUUGAUGGGGUGAAGUUGUCCUGUCCACUUAGCAGAAAAACACCCCCAAAGCAUAAUGUUUCCACCUCCAUGUUUGAUGGUGGGGAUGGUGUUCUUGGGGUCAUAGGCAGCAUUCCUCCUCCUCCAAACACGGCGAGUUGAGUUGAUGCCAAAGAGCUCCAUUUUGGUCUCAUCUGACCACAACACUUUCACCCAGUUCUUCUCUGAAUCAUUCAGAUGUUCAUUGGCAAACUUCAGAUGGGCCUGUAUAUGUGCUUUCUUGAGCAGGGGGACCUUGCGGGCGCUGCAGGAUUUCAGUCCUUCACGGCGUAGUGUGUUACCAAUUGUUUUCUUGGUGACUAUGGUCCCAGCUGCCUUGAGAUCAUUGACAAGAUCCUCCCGUGUAGUUCUGGGCUAAUUCCUCACCGUUUUCAUGAUCAUUGCAACUCCACGAGUUGAGAUCUUGCAUGGAGCCCCAGGCCGAGGGAGAUUGACAGUUCAUUUGUGUUUCUUCCAUUUGCGAAUAAUCGCACCAACUGUUAUCACCUUCUCACCAAGCUGCUUGGCGAUGGUCUUGUAGCCCAUUCCAGCCUUGUGUAGGUCUACAAUCUUCUCCCUGACAUCCUUGGAGAGCUCUUUGGUCUUGGCCAUGGUGGAGUUUGGAAUCUGAUUGAUUGAUUGCUUCUGUGGACAGGUGUCUUUUAUACAGGUAACAAACUAAGAUUAGGAGCACUCCCUUUAAGAGUGUGCUCCUAAUCUCAGCUCGUUACCUGUAUAAAAGACACCUGGGAGCCAGAAAUCUUUCUGAUUGAGAGGGGGUCAAAUACUUAUUUCCCUCAUUAAAAUUUAAAAAUCAAUUUAUAUCAUUUUUGACAUGCGUUUUUCUGGAUUUGUUUGUUGUUAUUCUGUCUCUCACUGUUCAAAUAAACCUACCAUUAAAAUUAUAGACUGAUAAUUUCUUUGUCAGUGGGCAAACGUACAAAAUCAGCAGGGGAUCAAAUACUUUUUUCCCUCACUGUUGUCAUGGUUAAGAAUAAGAAUGUGAUUUUAAUCCUAUAAUCCUAAAAUCAAAACAUUAAAAUGGAAAGAGGCACGAGAAACAGAACUCGGCUGGAAAAAGGACCCUCAAUUUGUUGUUAGGUACAGUCUGUGUGUGUGUGCAUGCGUGAGAGAGAGAGAGAUAAUGUGUGUGUGAGAAUGAGUGCAUGAUUCUCCCAGGGCCUAAUUGUUUCUGAAAUGUAAACAGUCAGGGCAGCUGCACCAAUGAACCUUGGUCAACUUCCCAGCCUGCCUAUGUUUCCCACACACCCACCCACCCACCCACACACACACACACACACACACACACACACACACACACACACACACACCACACACACACACACACACACACACACACACACACACACACACACACACACACACACACACACACACACCACACACACACACACACACACACACACACACACACACACACACACACACACACACACACACACACACACACACACACAAAGAUGUGAGAUCAGUGGCAAUAUUUAUCCUCCUCAGCAUUGGCUUGCUCCCUCAAUGCAGUGUGUCUGUAUAAAAGGCCCUGCCUCCCGCUCUGCUCAUACUCUCACUCAAGUGGCCGGUCACACACUUACUCUGCGGACCAGCUACAGCUCUUUCAGUCUCAGAGUGGAUUAUUACUGUCACUGCAGCAAGCAGCAAUCCAAAGGGAUCUAUAUUUUGUCUAUUAGACUGACAACUGCACUUCAUCACAGGUGAGCUCAUCUCCAAUAUCACUGCUCAUAUCUUCAGCUAAGUCUGCAAUUUGAGGAUAUGGUACCGUUACCACUGGUCAAAUGUUAUUUUGUUUAGACAGAAAACGUUGCUGGUUUUAACUUAAUCCCUUUUUUAUCAUUUAUAUGUGCUCUUAAUAUUUUCGUUGAUUAUCUUUAUACUAUAUCGACACAGUAGUAUAGGUGGGAUGUCACUUUUUUAGAAUCCCAUAGAAAACCCUAUAGAUUCUAAAAUCCAUAGGGUUUUUUCCACAUAGAUUAAGAGGAAAUAUCCAUACAUGUAUAUUUCUUCUCAAUAGUAGAUACAUGGGUAAUAUAGUAUAAAUUGUGUAGAAUGGUAAUGGUUAAUAGUAAGGAAAAAUACACACGUGAGUCCUCGUGACUCAUUGAUAUAUAAUUCCUGUAAUCUAGUAUUCGUUUUACAAACACAACACAGAGAUCUCCAACCCUCCUGUCUCUCUUCUCUCUUUCCUCUGUAGUAUGAAGCAUAGACGGCUGCUUCUGUCUCUGCCUCACCUGCCCACCAUCACUGAGACCCUGGAAGACUCUGAAACCCUGGGGGUCCCGGGCCACCCAGCCCAUCUAGCCCAGUCUGUCUCCCAGUCUCCAUCCCAGUGCUCCCAGUCCCUGGAGGAGUAUAUGACCAGUAUCCAGGCCCUGGCCAGACCAGUGGCGCACCCUAGCUGUGGCCCUGUGAGGCUCCAGAGGAUGGGCAGGCCUCGGCUGUUCUCCAAGCCCCAGAUGAAGCACUCUGUCUCAGCUUCGCUGCCCCGUGGUUCCCCCCGGGCCAUCCGGACUAGAACCACCAGCCCCAUCACCCCCACAGGUCAAGCCCCAGAGCAGCUGUCAGGCAGGCUGGGGAAGGAGAGGGAAUGUGGGGGGAGAGAUCCCAUGGAAUGGCUGUAUGGACAAACACACACACAAACCGAGACAAGGACACACACACCAAGCAGGACACAAAUGAGGACAUACUAGUUUAGGGUAGAUGUUCCGGCAGCUCCGUGGGUGCUGUAACAUGGAAUAUUAAAUAUCAGGGAAUACUCUAACUGCCUGUAACAAAUGAUGUAUGGCGCUGUCCCCCAAAUGGCCCACUGAUGGGUUCUGAGCUGGACUGGAUUGAGCUGGUAUGGACUGGACUAGAUGUUGUUACACUGAAUUGUGACACUAUGCUGGAUAUAAUGCAGGGACUCUGGUCUUACAGGACUAAUGUUUACAAUCUGUGGAGUUUAAUUUAAGAGAUUCUAUUUUGUAAUAAAAUACUUUUGUAACACUAUUGCUUAUAUUCACUGUAUUUACGUUUGCAUAUUUAAUGUUUAAGGAACAAUAAAGAUUCCAAACUGAGAGCAAGAUACAUCUAAAUGUGAUACCAGUGCUAGAACACCUCACAUUUUCCACUGCUUGAGUAUCGGCACAUACAUUAUUUUUUGCGUUAUGACACCUAAUAAUUACAUUUGACAUUUUAGUCAUUUAGCAGAUACUCUUAUCCAGAGUGCAUACACUAUUUAUUUAUUUUUCAUACUGGCCCCCCGUGGGAAUCGAACCCACAACCCUGGCGUUGCAAGUGCCAUGCUCUACCAACUGAGCUACACGGGGCCCAUAAACAGUACCGGCACCCAAAAUGAGUACCUGAAAUUAUUUCAAGCACUGUCUGAUAGAAAUGUUACUUCUGAGAUUGUGUCCUCUGUGCCGCUGAUAAGUCAUGCUGAAUGAGACAGUGCAGCCAGACGUAAAUUUAGAAAUGUAGAACUUCUUCUCACCACCAAAUAUGGUGCAUUGUUUAGAAGGAGUGCAAGGGCAAAUUAAAUUAUUGCACAUUCGCAAUUCAUAGAGUAGGCGUUCACUAACUGAAAAAUGUAAUUUCAUGCCAGAACGUGCCAAUAGGAUCUCGCUAGCUCAUGCUUGGCUCUGCCCAGUAUGCUUAAUUUGCUCCUCAUUGGAAACAAAAAUGUUGGUUUUCUUGUGUUAGUUAUAAAAAUAGAACAUGUUUCUAAACACUUCUACAUUCGUGUGGAUGCUACUAUGAUUACGGAUAAUCCUGAAUGAAUCGUGAAUAAUGAUGAGUGAGAAAGUUACAGAUGCACAACUAUCAUACCCCCCAAAAAUGCUAACCUCCCUUGUUAUUGUAAUAGUGAGAGGUUAGCAUAUCUUGAGGGUAUGAUAUUUGUGCAUCUGUAAUUUUCUCACUCAUCGUCAUGGGUCAUGGGUGAACAGGGAGUACAGGAGGGGACUGAGCACGCACCCUUGUUGCUUAAUGAUGAGUUUGGAGGGCACUAUGGCAUUGAAGGCUGAGCUGUAGUCAAUGAACAGCAUUCUUACAUAGGUAUUCCUCUUGUCCAGAUGGAAUAGGGCAGUGUGCAGUGCGAUGGUGAUUGCAUCGUCUGUGAAUCUAUUGGGGCGGUAUGCAAAUUGAAGUGGUCUAGGGUGUCAGGUAAGGUAGAGGUGAUAUGAUCCUUAACUAGCCUCUCAAAGUCAUUUAGUUUAGUUACCUUUGCUUUCUUUGUUACAGGAACGAUGGUGGACAUCUUCAAGCAAGUGGGGACAGCAGACUGGGAUAGGGAGAGAUUGAAUAUGUCUGUAAACACUCCAGCCAGCUGGUCUGCGCAUGCUCUGAGGACGCGGCUAGGGAUGCCGUCUGGGCCGGCAGCCUUGCGAGGGUUAACACGCUUAAAUGUCUUACUCACGUCGGCCACAAAGAACGAAAUCCCACAGUCCUCGGGAGCAGACCACGUCGGUGGCACUGUGUUUUCCUCAAAGCGGGCGAAGAAGGUGUUUAGCUUGUCUGGGAGCAAGCCGUCGGUAUCCGCGACGUGGCUGGUUUUCCCUUUGUAAUCCAUGAUUGUCUGUAGGCCCUGCCACAUACGUCUCGUGUCUGAGCCGUUGAAUUGCGACUCCACGUUGUCUCUGUACUGACAUUUUGCCUGUUUGAUUGCCUUACGGAGGGAAUAACUACACUGUUUGUAUUCAACCAUAUUCCCAGUCACCUUGCCAUGGUUAAAUGCAGUGGUUCGUGCUUUUUUUGUGCGAAUGCUGCCAUCUAUAAGGUUGGCAUUUGAUUGUGAAGUAUUCUAACUCGGGUGAACAAAAGGACUUGAGUUUCUGUACGUUAUCACAAUCACACCACGAGUAGUUAAUCAUGAAACAUACACCAUUGCCUUUCUUCUUCCCGGAGAGUUCUUUAUUCCUGUCUGCGUGAUGUACUGAGAACCCAGCUGGCUGUAUGGACGGGGACAGUAUAUCAGGAGAGAGCAAUGAUUCCGUGAAACAGAAUAUGUUACAGUCCCUGAUGUCUCUCUGGAAGGAGAUCCUCGACCUGAGCUCGUCUACUUUAUUGUCCAGGGACUGUACAUUAGCGAGUAAUAUACUCGGAAGCGGUGGAUGGUGUGCACGCCUCCUGAGUCGGACUAGAAGUCCACUCCGAAUACCUCUUCACUGCCGGCGGCGUCUUGGAGCAGCCUCUGGGAUAAGUUCAAUUGCCCUGGGGAGUACGAACAAAGGAUCCAAUUCGGGAAAGUCGUAUUCCUGGUCGUAAUGCUGGUGAGUUACCCCCGCUCUGAUAUCCAAAAGUUAUUUCCGGCUGUAUGUAAUAAUAACACAAAAAACUUUCUGGGCUAAUAAUGUAAGAAUAACACCAAAAAAAACAAAAUACUGCAAAGUUGCUUAGUAGCUAGAAGCAGAGCUUCCAUGUCUGUCGGCGCCAUCUUAAAAUAUAUGCUAUUGGAAGAAUAGUAAUUUGGUUGUGUUUAUAAAGGUCUUAGGUAAAAUUUGAAAACUAGAAAACAAUUAUUUCAAAGAACAUUUCCAAUAGUUUUGUUACUCCAGGCUAUAAAUAAAAGUCCAUUAUAAUUUCGUUUUGGCAGGUCUAAAGAAACAUUGUGGCAAGAAGAAAAUGUAUUUAAAAGAAACACGUAGCAUGUUUUCGUUGCCCUAAAUGUGAUUAGUAAUAGCAAUAUAGUAAAUAAAUCAGUCCCGUAACAGCUUAUUUUUACAAAGUAAAACUUAAAAGAGAAUGGUAUCCACCCACAACGCGCUCAGUCAAAUUAUUAACAUGAGUGCCAACAAUGAUAAAUAGGCAUAACACAAACUCAUCAUUACACUCCCGAGUGGCGCAGUGGUCUAAGGUGCUGCAUCGCAGUGCUAGUCCUGGUUCGAAUCCAGGCUCUGUCGUAGCUGGCCGUGACCGGGAGUCCCAUGGGGCGGUGCACAAUUGUCCAGGGUAGGGGAGGGAAUGGCCGGCAGGGAUGUAGCUCAGUUGGUAGAGCGUGGUGUUUGCAACGCCAGGGUUGUGGGUUCGAUUCCCAGUAUGAAAAAAUAAUGUAUGCACUCAUUAACUGUAAGUUGCUCUGGAGAAGAGUGUCUGGUAAAUGUAAAUUACACUAUUGUUGGUCUAAAUUAAAUCAACCUCCUCACCCUCCUUAUCAUUCAGUUAGGCCUAAAUUCAAUUUGAUUGUGAAGUAACGUGCACAAUUAUCUCCAAUUCAUCCAUUUGUCAUUCAUUCAGUCAGAAGAGUGAGAUGCAUUAGCGCCUGGCUGGGUACCAAUGUCCUACUUCGCAUUGUCUUGGUGGGUUAAGUUGGGAAUAGGUGUGAAAAAGGCUCUAAACACUUUUCUGUUUGUGAUUGCAUACCUUCACCACCUGGCGGCGGCCCGUCAGGAAUUCCAGGAUCCAGUUGCAGAGGCAGGUGUUCAGGGUUCUGAGCUUAGUGAUGAGCUUGGAGGGACUAUGGUUUUGAACACUGAGCUAUAGUCAAUUAACAACAUUCUCACUUAGGUUUUCCUCUUGUCCAGGUGGGAGAGGGCAGUGUGAAGAGCAAUUGCGAUUGCGUCAUCUGUGGAUCUGUUGGGGUGGUGUGCGAAUUGGAGUGGGUCCAGGGUGUCUGGGAUGAUGGUGUUUAUGUGAGCCAUGACCAGCCUUCCAAAGCAUUUCAUGGCUGUAGAUAUAGGUUACCUUGACGUUCUUGGGCACAUGGACUAUGGUGGUCUGCUUGAAACAUGUAGGUAUUACAAACUGGGUUAGGGAGAGGUUGAAAAUGUCAGCGAAGACACUUGCCAGCUGGUCAGCGCAUGCUCUGAGUACGCUUCCUGGUAAAAAUAAUGUUUGGAUGUAAACAAAGGCUUCUAUGGAGACGUUGUAGGGGGAAAAGUGUACAAUAGUCACACUGUAACAACAUGAAUGUAGCUACUGUACAUUUUGAUACAAAUCUACUCCAUGUCAUUGCACACACAGUAGUAAGGUGUUGAAUAUGAAUUACACCAAGACUUUCCUCUGUACAAACUACAGACUAAAAGUGUAUUACAGGAGACUGCCUGGAAUGCCUAAAAAGAGGCAACAUGCCUUCCACUUCUUCCAUUUCUUUGUGCUAAAUUUCAAGAUGGUCAAGUUAUGGAACUUUUAAAAUUAUAUUUAUAUUUUCCCUGGGAACUACCUAGCUCUCCAUGGGGAGAAAAUAGGAAAUAGGGCAUAAUGAAAGUGGGUUUAAGGAGAAAUCAUGUGGCCUGGCUGGGACAGAGCCAGAUGAGUUACAGUGUAAUGUAGCUGCAUGUAAAUACAUAUCUGGACUAAAGCAUGCAUGGUGUGUGUGGGUGUGUGUGUGUGUGAGUGUGUGUGUGUGUGUGUGUGUGUGUGUGUGUGUGUGUGUGUGUGUGUGUGUGUGUGUGUGUGUGUGUGUGUGUGUGUGUGUGUGUGUGUGUGUGUGUGGUGUGUGUGCAUGUGUGAGCUGAGCUGAGCUGAGCUGAAGGAGUGGCAGAGAAGUCACUGUAAGAGACAGUUCACUGUAAGAGACAGUACACAACAUGGGUCUUUUGGGCACUCUAGUCACUCCAGUAUCCCUGCACAUUGUUAUAAUUAUACUGGCACUGACCUGCAUAUAACUUGCAUUCUUGUGUUGUUGUUUUUCUUAUCUAUAUUAUUACUUGUAUUACUGCAUUGUUACAGGAGGGGGUCACAGUUCCGGAGCGACCCACUAGGUGUCAUCCUCCGACAACCUUAGGCACCUCCUCACUCACAGUCGGGACUAAUUAUCAUCCUAUUGGUGUCACCUGUGUAUUUAUGCCCUCACUUCCCUGUGUUCCCUUGCUCAGUUUUCUCUGCUAGUUUCUCUAUGUCCAGCAGUACUACUCAGUGUCUCGUCGGAGAUCUAUGUACAGGUACUUGAGAAGUGUUCUCCCUGUUUCGUUAUUUGUUUCAGUCUUAGGUAGUAUUUCGUAUUUUGGCUGUCAGCCGGUUUUUGGAGACUUAUUUGCUCUGCCUUUCUUUUAUCGUGAUAAGUCCGUUAUUUUGUAUUUUGGCUUCGGGACCACCAGUAAAGAUCCUUGUUUCAUCAUCUCUGCCUACUGUAUAUCCUGCACCACACCUGGGUCACACCUCAGCCCAACCCUUACACUGCAUUCUUGGUUUUACAUGUGCUGUAUCCUGUACAUGUGAUAAAUAGACUUUGAAAUUUGAAUCUCUUAUCACUGUACACACAACCAUCAGUUACUAAAUAAACCCUUCAUUGUCCAGAUAAAAGACAAUAAAGUCGUUCUCAAAUAGAAUAGAAGAAGAGGAUUUUGACACCCAUCAUCUCAGAUAGUUCUGAAAUGGUUUCUGUAGUUAGAAACCCAAAAUAAGCAUUCCUGCAAGAGUAUUUUGUUGAAAUAUAAUUAACUCUGAUAAAUUAAGCUUCAAGCAAAAAUAGCAAUGUCCUCUGGGUUUUUAAUCUUUAGGCCUCUUAUAAACCUUUCAGAAUAAUUAAUAAUCUUCUAGAGACCAAGAGUAACCUUGAUAGUCAUGAUCUCAGUAUCCUUUGGAAAUCCCACCUGAUCCUGACUUUGGCUGAGAGGGAGAGAGGGAAAUUCCAGUAAGUAUGUGAAUGCUUGGAAACCCCAGAUGUGGGCGUUAGGGGGCAGUGUGUGUGUGUGUAGGUACAUAAGGGAGGCUCAGGCAGCUCUACGGCUCAGUUCAGUUCUCAGCUGCAAUAUGAAGCACUCUGUCCAGUCUCUCUGUCUGCUGGCUAGCCUGUCACUCUACUGCCUACUGCUAACAGGUAAGAACCACGCCAGAUUCAAAACUUAGAAUUGUUCUAUUUAAAUUAUUAUACAAAAUUCUUGCUACCAAUAGAAUGUUAUUUAUAUGGGGGAUACAAUCUUCCUUGCUCUGCAGAUUUCGCUGCGAAGAGACAGAAUCAUUAGAUCAUUUGUUUUGGUACUGUCCAUUUGUAGCUUGUUUUUGGUCACAGGUCCAGGAAUGACUGAAGGAUUGCAAUAUUUACCUGGAGCUAACCCUGCAGACAGCAAUACUGGGUGAUCUGAAAAGUCAUAGUCAAUCGAUCAAUAAUAUUAUAAUACUUUUAGCAAAAAUGUUUAUUUUCAAUUUACAGUCUGUAGAAACAGAAUAGAAGGGUUCAGAACUUUUGUGAAACAUCACAGUACAGUUGAAAAAUAAAUGGCAAAUAGAAAUCCAAAAUGGAUGGUGUUAAGAGGUAGAUGGGAGGUGUUGUAUGGAGCUGAAGGAUGGGACUAAUAACAACUAACAACAACUAAUAACAACAAGAUAACUAAUGUAAAGCAUACUGUGUCAAUAAUAAGUAUAUAGGUUAUAGGUUGAGAGCUUUUGUGAAAGAGCACAGUUAGAAAUAUAUGGCAUAUAGAAGCAAACCGGAUGAACAUCAUGAAAAUGAUCGGAGAGGUUGAGGGUAGAGGAAAUUCAGGAGUAAAAACAAACAAAAUAGAAUUAUUGUAAAAUUGACUGUGUCCAUAAAAUGUAUAUAGUAUGUAUAAGCUGGAAGUAGAGGCCUAAGCGUUGUUGUUCACUAGUUUACUCCAAUUAGGGAAGAGGUGGUGGGGUUGGAAAGUAAUUAAGGGAAAUAUAUAUAUUUUUUAAGGAUAUGUAUAUAUAUAUAUAUAUAUAUAUAUAUGUAUAUAUAUAUAUGUAUAUAUAUAUAUAUUUGUAUAUAUAUAUAUAUGUAUAUAUGUAUGUGUAUGUAUAUAUAUACAUAUGUAUGUAUAUAUAUAUAUAUAUAUAUAUAUAUAUAUAUAUAUAUAUGUGUGUAUAUAUGUAUAUAUGUAUAUGUAUGUGUAUAUAUUUGCGAGAAAAAAUAACAUAUGGGGGAUUGGAAGUGAUGCAGACAAUUACAUUGAUGGAAGUUACAAUCCAACUGCAAUAUUAAAGCCGAUCUACCCAUUUUUAUAAUAAUGUUAAAAUAAAUAAUAUUAAAAAUCAAGUAAAAACAGGUAAGACCCAUACACACACAGGCCCACACAGGUUUGGGUUACAGUUUGUAUAAGCGACAUUGUGUUAAUGUCAGUCAGAAUGUCUGUCUGUCUGUCAGUCUGUCUGACUAUACUCUGUGGGCUGAAUAGUAACUAGAGAUAUAUGCACUCAAACUCUAAUCUGUCGGUCUAUCUGUAGUUAGGUGAGAAGUGUGACUCCAGAAAGACUGAUAGAAUGUUAUUUUCCCAUAUGGUGUGUGACAUGAUAGAUUUCACUUGAAUCACCAUUGGCUGUUUCUGUGUCUGUCUCUACAGUUGGGGAAGGUGAGGGGCAGUUUGUCCCAGGGAGGUGUGAGUGUUAUGACACAAAAACAACUGUCAGGGGACCACUGUCUGACCUCAAAGUCACACUCAAAGGCCCUGCCUGCAACACUGACCAGAUCAUGUAAGUACCAGAUCACACAUGCACACACACAAAUGCCCACACCCAUAUGUACACACACACAGAUGGCACGCACACAUACAUGCACUCACGCACACAUACAUGCACUGACGCACACAGGUAAAAUAUGUUUUACCUCAUAGCUAUUCAAUGAAACAAAGAGUGUAUGUGUGUGAUAAAGCAUGUGUUUCCCCCUCAUGUUGCAGAGUGUGUGUGUAAUGAUUAAGUAUUUGUGCUCUGUGUUGGAGAGUGUGUGUGUUAACUGUGUGUCUCUCUGUGUGUUGUAGAGUGGUAGAGAAGAGGACCAGUGAGCCUGUGUGUGUGAAUCCAAAGGGACCACUGGGAAAACAGCUGCUGCGCUGCUGGAAGAAGUAAGAGACAUUUUAACAUUCAGCACAGUACUUUACUUUAUUUACUUCAACCUUAAUUUACUGUACUUUUCAGUACAUUUCAGUACAUUACUUACUUACUUUACUGUACUUUACUUUAUUAACAUAAGCGGAUAGUUAUGGCACAUACUUCAGAAAGUCAAUCUAGAACAGGGCACUCCAACCUUGUUCCUGGAGAGUUACCUUCCUGGAGGUUUUCACUGCAUCCCUAAUCUAGUGAACCUGAUUCUAAUACUUAGCUGGUUGAUAACUGAGAGGAAGAGACUAAACGAGAGGUUUUACUCUGCCCAAAAUCUGUCCAUGUAAAGAAGCCCAUGAAGUGAGGAAUUUUUGUAUAGAGAUCAAUGAGAGUCACAUUUGGUCAAAAAAAAAAGAUUGUUACUUUCUAUUUCUUGAACUGCAUUGUUGGUUAAUGAAGGGCUUGUAAGUAAGCAUUUCACGGUAAGGUCUACACCUGUUGUAUUCGGCGCAGGUGACAAAUAAAAUGUGAUUUGAUUUAUUUGCAUUAAUGCAAAACAUAUGGAUUCUCCCUUUAAAGAGGGGAGGGGGGUGAAUAUCAACAGCUGCUUUACAUUAAGCACAUACCAGUUCCUCUAAGUGACUAUCAAAGUACUGAAUAAGUUGACUGAGUGAGCAUUUGGAAAGAAAUCCCCCCCAAAAUCUGGGGGAGUUCCGCCCAACCCCCCUCCAGUUUUUUACUUGUUGAUGGCUACUUCUCACGAAGGGGACCUACGCCAACGUCUUUUUUUGGUCCUUUUUCAACGUCCAUGGACGGGACUCCCUAAAAACACGUCACUUUAAGUUCCAGGUUAGGAGAGCAUUUUCGCUAACCCUAACUCUUUUCCUAACCUUAACCUAAUUCUCCUAAUCUGCUAUGUUAAUUAUCCUAACCUGAUGCAUAAAUUCUCAUAACCUGCUACGAAAAAGUAAUAGCUGUAUCGAAGUGACGUGUUUUUAGGGAAUUUCGUCCACAGACAUCUAUGUUUGGUUCAGAUUUGGUCCAAUAUGGACUGGCCUUGAUUUGGCCCAACAAUAGAUGUCUAUGUUUGGUUUAGUAAUUUAUCUAUUCCAGAGCUAGCACACCUGAUUCAACUUGUCAACUCAUUCUCAAACUCUUGAAUCUCACCUAGCUAUCACAAGAUGAAUGCACUAACUGUAAGUCACUCUGGAUAAGAGCGUCUGCUAAAUGAUUAAAAUGUAAAAAAUAAAACUAGUUCAGAGCAACAGCUAAAUUGUGAAACAUCUGAGGGUCCCCGAGGAGAGGUUUGAGAACCACUGCAGUAGAGCACAGCAGAGUGCAGUACAUUACAGUACAGUACAUACCAUUUUUUUUAGAGAAUGUAUUUUCAACAUUCAUUCAAAACCGAAAAUAUUUAUUUUCAACAUCCAGAAAAUAGGCAAUUUCCAUGUCCGGAAAAUACAUAUCUUAAGAUUCAGAACCUAAAAUGAAAACUAUGUAUUUUAAACUGUCAUUUUCCUUACUGGGUUCAGAUUUUUGGGAACACUGAAAAGAAACUUGACACCACUGUUGAUCAGUCAGCACAAAUUUGUGUCCCUCUCAUGUGUUGAUCUAGCUAAUUAGCUAGCAAGCAUGUGUACACUCACUGCAAUGCACAGCCAAUGUGCUACUUGCAUGUGCAUUGGACGGGUUUAGAUUCAACAUAGCUAGUAAAACAAUUUGUUUUAUCAGCUACAAUUUGUGUUGUUAGAGGCUGGUCUUGGUUUAGGAAAGGUAGGCUAGCUAGCAGUUGUUUGUAGCUAGCUAGGAUAUCUUGUCAAAAUUGAGUUGUGGUUUAAGAUCUAUACAGCUAUGUUACAGACAGUCUCGUUGGUUUGUAGCUACUGGCUAGUUGGCUAGCUAACUGGCUAUAGCAGCCAAGGACGUUCGCUAGCUUAUUUGUUUGUGCUCUGAUUUAGUUUAGACAGAUUACUUCAGCCAUAUGAAAACUUUCCAUAGCAAAAUAUAGCUAAUUAGCUAGCUUCUUUUGCUUCUAACUUGCUUCUCAUCUGACUGGUGUUAGCUAGCUACAGCUGCUAGCCUGCUACUAGCUAGCUGCUGCUGUUGCACAGCAACUAAGUUGCUGGUCCCGGUUUUAAAACUCUGAGAUUCAGCUGAAAAUAUAUUAGCAUUGUCAGAAAUGCUACAAAAAGGUAGCACUUCGUUGGUUCUGUAUUGGCACGUGAGAGCGAUACAUUAUAAACUGAAUCAAAACUGUUGCCCCUACAAACUGAUUCAGUCUGAAAAGUGGCAAGUCUAAUGGUCACUUUAUGGACUCAGUAGUCUCGUUCGUAUCCGACGCCUAGAUAUUGAGCUAGGUCGGGGCAAGACAUUUUAUUUUUUCCUAAUGCUAACGACCCUGUUAAAAAUCCAGUAUGUGGUUCUCGGUAACGGCCGGACUGCUCAUAGCUAGAGGCGGGGAGUGUGUUGUGUACCUCCAGUCAAGUUGAUUUGCGAAGUUUCAUCAACGUUGGUGUCAUAUUGGCGCGACUAUAAAUACAGUAUGCUGCUGAGUAAAUACUGUCAUGUGGGUUUGAUCAAAUUGAGUCGUUAGUUUCAGUUUGACUAUGAGUCAGAUCAUAAAUUCCUGUCAACAGUUUGUGAUACAAAGAGCCCUCUGUUCAGCAACAGUCUCUCUCUCGCUCUCUCUGUUUCUCUAUCCCACUCCUCCCUCUCUCUUAUCUUGUUCAGCAACUGUCUCUCUCUCUCUGUUUCUCUAUCCCACUCCUCCCUCUCUCUUUUCUCUCUCCCUUUCCCCUCUCUAUUUUUCUCUCUCUGAUAGUAACAGCUGUCCUAAACAUAUCAAUGCAUUCUCUCUCUCUCUCUUUCUCUCUCCCUCAGAGCCAGAGCGGGUGGAGUGGAUGUGAGGAAGUGUCUGAAGAGGAAGAGGAGAGGACAGGGGAAACAGAGGAAACUCAGGGUAAAAAUCUGAAGAGAGCAAAAUAAGGACAACACCAAUCCCUGCCUUAGGGUGACCACAGAGCCAGUACCCAUCUGUUCUCCUGACCAGCAGACUGCAGUGUUCUAGCUAGUCUACAAUGUAACCCUAGACCAGACCAAGACAAAACAGAGGCAUUACAGACUCCAGAGGCACUACAGAAACCAGAGAACCUACAGAUACCAAAGAAACUACAGACACCAGACUAAUGACAGACACCAGAGGUUCUACAGACACCAGAGGCACUACAGACACCACAUAGCUCAUCCCUGUAUAUCAAAGGCAAACAGCACCUGUUACCUUUCUCUUGCUCCCGGCUGGACAGUAAAAUGCUGGACACUAUCCUAAAGUGCUGUGAUAGUGACCUGGCCAGCUUAGGCACACAUACACAGUUUCUGAAUAAGGAAAAUGUGUUGUGUUGAAUGAAUGUAUCUAAUUAGCAUAAUACAAAAAUCCCCAUACAAAUCCAUCAGUUUAAGCUAGAGGUAUCUUUGUUGCACUUCCGCAUCUGUGGUGAAAGGUGACAGAGCUAGAGCUGUAUUUGUCAGACCAUGAGACAUCCCGAAAAUCAGUCUUCUCACAAAAUUGUCUGUAG